UUCCCAAUUUACCAUAUCUCUCGUGCUGCAUUCGACUGUGCCUUUGGUUUACAAAUGAUGUCACUCAUCAACACCUUGGCACAUUUCAGUAUAUAUAUUUUUCAAUUGAAAAUGUGUGGUAAAAGAAUAUUGUAUCCACUAUAUAGAAGAGAGAAUUUAUGUUGUUGACGCGCGAAUUCCACGGGAAGUGGUUACACUUCUUUUUCGUGCUCCACAACGCGCAUCUCUCACUCUCCCUAUUGAGAUCUCAUUCAAACACCGCACCGAUCGGAAAAUGUGUUGUGUGGCUUCGUGUUAAAUAACGCGUUUUACUUCAUAAGUCUGCGCGGGAAACGAAAUGCCGAGAGAAUCCCAAUAGCAACCAACAGGCGGCAGUUGAAUGUGUCUCUGGCUAGUUGUGCUCGAGAGUUUGGACAGUGUGGUUCACUUUGAGUGUUCGAGCAUUUAAUAUUCCGAGAAUAUCAUAUAUAGGGCCUCUCACAAAGUAAACUCAUUCAUUCAUAUGGAGUUUGUUGGUCUCUCAACAAGCUUUUUCUCGCACAGUGUUCUCGAACUCUUACAUUCUACGCCUUCGAAACUCUGUGUUCGGUGUAGAUGUGCGAAAAUCACUCUCUCGAGUAAAGCGAGUUACAAGAAUUUGACUAGAGUCUACUUACAUUGGGAGUGAAUUUUAUAUUGAAUAGAGAUUUUGAAAUUGGUGAAAGCAUUUAGUAAAACGUACACCAAUUUUUAGAUUAAAAUUGAUUUGUAUAUCUAGUAAUUCUGUGUUGCUUGACUAAAAUGAUACAGUGCUAUUCACCGAUAAGGUUUUAAUUAAUUGGUUCUUCACUUGAUAAUUGGACAAAGUCGCAGCCAGUGUUAAGCUAGAGAGAGCCUCAAUACAAUCAAAGAAUAAUAUCUCUUAAAGACACAUUCGUGUAGUAGGUAGUGUGUGUUUCUGGUUAAAAAAAAAAGCAAAGAGCCCGCCAGAAUGACUGAAGGGGAACUUCUGCAGGAGAAUGGCACGACUUUUGGGAACGGCGAAGUCAGACUUUCCAAUGGUUCCCUGGGCAACGACAAGCACAACAAGCAGGCGAAGGUGGUGGCUGCUGGUGCGUGUGGGUCGAGAGAUCGGCCGGUAUCGUUGGAGAUGAGAGAGCCUCCGGAUGGUGGAACACGUGCUUGGCUCAUCGUGAUCAGCUCUUUCUUCUGCAACGGCAUCAUCUUUGGCGUGAUUAAUACCUACAGUGUAAUUUACCUGCGUCUUCAAGAGGAGCUCAAAAUGCGAGGGGACCCCGAGGCAAGCAGUAAAUCCGCUCUCGUGGGAUCUCUUACAAUAGGCGCCACAUUCCUACUUUCUCCAGUGGCGGGAAUCCUCACGGAUAAGAUCGGACUCCGACAAACAGCAAUCUUGGGAGGCAUCCUCACUUCCAGCGGCCUCCUCUUUUCCUCUUUCGUCACUCACAACAUCAAUGCUUUGUACCUCACGUACGGAAUCAUGUAUGGCUUCGGUGCUGCUCUCACAUACACACCGUCCCUCUCAAUCCUUGGCCACUACUUCAGACGCUACCUAGGCAAGGUGAAUGGCUUUGUGACGGCGGGCUCUAGCGUCUUCACCGCUAUUAUGCCUUUCCUCAUCAACUGGCUUAUCACCUCGUACGGCCUCAGUACAGCGCUUCGCGUAGAAGCGGGUAUUUCGAGUCUAAUCAUCAUCUGUGCGCUCCUCUAUGCUCCAUUGGUUUCAAAACAGCCACAGCAGCAGAUGCGUACAGAUCAGUCACCCACAAGGAAGACAAUUCAGACUCUCGUAAACGUAGACAACUGGAAGAAGAAGCGCUACGUCAUCUGGGCACUCUCCAUCCCAGUGGCACUCUUUGGUUAUUUCGUGCCAUACGUUCACAUGUCCAAAUUCAUCACGGUUGCCUUCACUGGGAAAGAUAUCAAUUUGCCCGUUAUGUGCUUAGGCAUCGCAUCAGGUGUGGGACGUCUGACGUUCGGUGUCAUCGCCGAUUUGCCGAGAAUCAACAGGAUUCUGCUACAGCAGGUGUCCUUCUGCUUCAUCGGCGUUAUGACUAUGUUCCUGCCCAUCACGAGUACAUAUUCAUUAUUACUUCUGUUUGUUCUUGCAAUGGGACUCUUCGAUGGAUGUUUCAUCUCAUUAAUUGGGCCGAUCUCUUUUGAUAUAUGUGGUCCGAAAGGAGCUUCCCAGGCCAUUGGUUUCCUUCUCGGGCUGUGCUCUUUCCCGCUUACUCUGGGACCGCCCAUUGCAGGCAUGCUGUACGAUCACACUGGCUCUUACACACUGCCAUUUAUCUUGGCGGGGAUACCACCGCUGGUCGGUGCUACCACAAUGUUCCUUAUUCGGUGUGUAAAAGAUGAGGUUGUUGGAACGGAAAUGCACGACAAAGAUUCAGUUCAACAUCCUUUGGCAAAGAGUGCAUGGGACGAAGAACGACCGUUUGACGACAAGAAAUUCUGCAAUGGCCGAGUGCCACAUACAUUAGAGAGGAAGGCAUCACUCGCAAGUGCAGGUACUAAAACUCCCUUACUUUGUGGCGGCGAAUGUUCAAUUUAUGCUUCUGAUGAUUACACAUUACCAAGUAAUUCGUUUUAUGUUCAAAAGCGCCAAUAUAAAUAUUCUGUAUACUAAGCUUUAUUGCAAAAUCAUGCACGAUUUUUAUGCUGUGUAGCUCUUUUUGCUUAAAGAAAAAUCACACAACCACUGUGAUAUAGAAGCUUAAUAAAAAUCACUUUAUAUUAGCAAAAAUCGCUCUUUCAGUGCCAUUUAUACUUUAUUUUGGCAGAGAUUGCUUAUUGUUCUCUGUAGAUAGAUGUUGUUUCUACUGCAUUAACAGUAUGAUCAUUAAAAUUAU